AUGUACAAGCUUACCCAGUUACUCAGCUCUCAUGAUAAUUUAAAUUCCACUUUAAUCAUUCUCAGUACUAAAGCCAUACAGCACAUAUCAGAGUCUGUGUUUGUGGGACUGUGUUAUAAAGUGGAGACCUCACAACUGGUGGCCAUGAGGAGAGAUGUUGAAGACAUCUGGGAGAUGGUGAUAAAUCAAGUGGGAAAAAAUGAGUACAGAUUGCUGGUGAGUGGAAGUUACGGAGAAGGACUCAGACUGGAAGGAUCAGAUACAGACAUGAUGCACUGGCCAAACAAUCGCAGUGUGAUCUGGGACUUAUCUCAGUCUCAGUAUUACAACACACACAGACAAACACUGAUUCUCUGUGACUGUUCUGAUAGUCCACCAGGAUUUACUUUGUUAAAUUUACUGUCACCAAGCAUGGACAAAUACAUCCAGAGUAUGUGUGUUGGAAUGAAUAACAGAUAUUAUAUAUCUAGUUCUAAAUACAGACAGAUCUUUUUACCUGCGUUAUCACUAUCUUAUAACCUUACUCAACAUGGACCCUGUGCCAGUCUAACAUUUCGAGCACAAGAAUUUGAUCAUGCCUCCUGUUUUGUUAGUGACUUUUGGCCUCCGUCUGCCUCCUCUUGGAUAGACAGAUGUCACUCAUGGCCCCAGCCUCAUGUUGUUGAUGAUAUAGUGAAAAAUGGAUGUCACUUUGUAGCAAUUGGACAUAAGCUAGGAAAUCAUGAAGAUCAUGAAUGGAGAAUUUCUUUCUCCCAAGCAGAAAAAAAACUUGUGUAUAUAAUGAAUCACUGUCAAUUCUUAACUUAUGGCUUGCUUAAAUUGAUCUUAAGAGAAAUAAUUAACAAUGGAGUAGGUGAUGAUGAUAAAUUACUGUGUUCCUAUCACAUGAAGACGUCAGUUUUCUGGGUGAUUCAACAAAAUACAAUACCUCACUGGUGUCCACAAAAUCUACUGGAGUGUUUCUGGGUCUGUUUUAAACUCAUCAUCAAAUGGGUAUAUGAGGGGGGCUGUCCUAACUUUUUCAUUCCAGGCAACAACAUGUUUCUGAGUAAAAUUCAUGGCAUCAAACAACAUCAAUUAUUUCUAAGACUGUUAGAGUUGUAUGAGAAGGGUUUAGCAUUCCUGCUACACAGUCCCUCCAUUAGAUCUUAUAUUAUAGAUGUCCCCUAUAACCCCAGAAACUCCAUCUGUACAGAUUAUCAUACUCGGAUUUCUGAGGCUCAUUUUGACAGAAAUCUAUUUUUUGAAAUAAUAGAUCAUUACAUAAAACCAGAUGAAUUGGACAUACAAAUCUACAUGAGAUAUCUACAUACAAUAGAACAGAUGAUAGGUUCACCCCUCCUGACACAGUAUCAAGUCAUUAUGCUACAGAAACUUACUGCUACUGUCCUUCAGAGCACUGCUUUUAUAUUACACAUGGAAACUUACACACAUGAAAACAAACUGAGUUAUAGAGCUGACAAAAUGUCCUGUCAAAUGUUGAAAUUAGCUGCCAGAUUUGGUUGUAUUACAGACAUGCUGUACAUAGCCAUGUAUUAUUACAAGACGCUUAGAUACACGGAAGCUUUAUCUAUUAUAGAGAUGAUCAAGGUCAUGUUAGCACAGCCAUAUGUGAUGUAUCACUUUAUUAUAGAUACAGAGAUGUAUACUGAGGCUGUAGGGGGACAGUCCUGGUCUACAAAGAUGAGACAAGCUGUAGCAUGGGAUAUCAAACUUUACAAUAGAAUCCAGUUAUACUUCAGUGAACUGAUACCUGAACAACAGUCUGCUCUACAGAACCACGAAACUUUAUUAUUUGUACCACCCUUUAUCCUGUUAUACAUGCUAGAGAUCUUGUGCUGCAGACAUGUAGACACAAUGCGAGUACAAACAGCUCUAGAUGAUCUACAGACCCUAGUUCACUAUGAUCAGGGACAGCUUAUACGUACAGAUUACAGAGACAUAUCAUGGCAAAUUCUGGGGAUUUGUCAACAGGUGACAGGGGACCUGCAGGCUGCUUUAUACUCAUAUCAACAAUCUCUAAGACAAGAACCACACAACAAAAUACAAACAGCUACAGAAAUGAGAAUACAGAGAGUUUUACAAUGGAUUCCCUUAAUUAAUUAA